CAUGUGCCAAACAGGUUUCCCUACUCAAACUACUCUUGUCUCCUGGCUCCGGUUGAUAAGACUUCAGCAGCAUUGAUUUUGGGCAUCAUGUGCCAUCUAUGUGCACCAGCCUGCCAUGCAUUACAUUCAUCAAUUUCCCCGCCAUACGUUUCGAUUAUCGCGAAACGCGCCACGACCUUAUAAAUUAACAACUCUCGCUCCUGCAGGUACUCGAAGUUUUGCAGUCUUUCGGCCAUCGCGCAGACGUAAAAUACUACGGCCCUUCAUUUUCACUCUGAUUGCUGGAGGAACGUUGAUUCCAUUGGUUGCUCUCAAUCUUCCUCCUCUUCACAAUGAAAGCAGCUCGAGUGGGAGACCAUCGCACACGAGAGAUUUGGUCAGCGAGCAUGCCCGCAAGGAAUCAGUCACCGAUCGCGAGCACGCGAUUCAAAGGAAGGAACGAGACAUAGUCAUUGCAACUUCGCAGGAAUCAUACGCUGGGAAAGGAGGUCAGGAGCUUCAGUCGGAAAGUCAACUCGAGAGUGCAGAUACUUCAGCCUGGGGAGUCUUUUCGGCCAAGGUUGCAUCCGUCAAGACCUCAGUCGCAUCGGUUGACUGGGGAUCCGUUGGAAAUUCGGUUGCCAACUUCAUCGUUCCAGACUGGGCCAAGAUUCUGUCCGGUUAUAUUCUGAAACUUCAGCAGGAGCUUUCCAUGUCAGAUGGUUCGCUCGCAUUUGAAAUCUGGGAAGAAGCGCACGACCCAAGCAUUAAUCCGGAAAUUCUUUGGAAAAGCUCGGUUCGCGUAUCUGGGGAACUCUGUGAUGAGGAAACGGAUUACUUGGUUGCCAGAGGGAAACACACCAAGAAGGCUCUCGCCAAGUAUCUUGACUUGCCGGAGAAUGAUAUUCACCCUGACGACGUUCCGCGUAUAGCAAUUUGCGGGUCUGGUGGCGGACUGAGAGCCUUAGUGGCUGGGACCGGGUCGUUUCUCUCGGCCCAAGACAGUGGUCUGUUCGACUGCGUCACUUACACUGCCGGGGUCAGCGGUAGCUGUUGGUUACAGACUCUUUACUUUUCGUCACUCGGAAAGCGCGACCACGCAAAACUUAUCAAUCAUCUCAAAGCCCGUCUAGGAGUACAUAUUGCUUUUCCACCAGCGGCCUUGGACUUGCUGACAUCUGCACCAACGAAUAAAUUUCUCCUGACUGGGUUGAUUGAGAAGCUUCGAAGCAAUCCAGAAGCAGAUUUCGGGCUCGUUGACAUAUAUGGCCUUUUGCUUGCAGCAAGGUUGCUGGUUCCUCGGGGGGAAUUAGAUGUGCAGUCUGGAGACUUGAAAAUCUCCAACCAGCGCGGGUUCUUGUCGGAUGGCGCUAACCCAAUGCCUAUUUAUUCCGCCGUGCGUCACGAAAUUCCCAUCGAAGAGGAGAUCGACAAAGGCAGGGAAGAUCAUGUUUCAACCGAAUCAUCCCGGGAGCAGGCAAGGGAGAUAGCGAAGCGAGAGUCCUGGUUCCAGUGGUUUGAAUUCACACCAUACGAGCUGUGGUGUGAAGAACUUGGCGCCGGCAUUCCGACCUGGGCUAUUGGCAGGAGGUAUCGCAACGGCGAGGAGAUUCCGCGAGAGACGGGAACUGCUAUACCAGAGAUCAAAGUCCCUCAAUUAAUGGGCAUCUGGGGUAGUGCAUUCUGCGCCUCGCUUGCCCAUUACUACAAGGAAAUACGACCCGUCGUGGCUGGUCUAGCGGGGUUUGGUGGAAUCGACCAGUUGAUCGAGGGGAGAAAUGAGGACUUGAUCAAGGUCCAUCCGAUUGACCCUGCAAUGAUCCCUAACUACGGUCUGGGGAUGAAAAUGCAGCUUCCAUCCACCUGUCCAGAGAGCAUUUUCACGUCUGACUAUCUGCAGCUGAUGGACGCGGGCAUGUCCAACAACCUGCCGAUUUACCCCCUUCUACGGCCCGGUCGCAAUGUUGAUAUCAUCAUCGCUUUUGAUGCGUCCGCCGAUAUCAAGACGGACAAUUGGCUCAGUGAGGUGGACGGUUAUGCUCGCCAACGUGGAAUCAAAGGAUGGCCGCUUGGGACUGGAUGGCCCAAAUCAGGUGCGAAGCCAUCUCUUACCGUUGAGGAACUCGAGGCAGCACAAUCUGUGUCUGCGGAAGAAGCAUCAAAAAGGGUUGCCGAAGAACGAGAAAAGCAUGGUGGGGGCGGAACCCCAGAUUCAAGCGUUGCUAAGCAAGAGAAGGCCGAGAGUGAACUCGGCUACUGCACCGUUUGGGUUGGUACGACUGAAGAGCGCCAAUUUCCCGAAGAACCACCGCCUUCAAAGCGCGUUGAAGAGGACUGGGAACUCAUGAAGCCGGAUGCUGGCAUCGCAGUCAUCUAUUUUCCUCUCCUGCCUAACGAAAAGGUCCCAGGUGUGGACCCGCAACUGUCCGACUUUAUGUCUACGUGGAACUUCAUCUACACUCCUGAACAGGUAGACAAGGUCGUCUCCCUAGCCCGGGCGAACUAUGAAGAAGGACAGGAGCAGACGAAGCGCACAAUACGUGCCAUCUAUGAGCGAAAGAAGGCCAAACGGCUAGAGCGAGAGCGGAUUGAAGAGAUGCGGCGGUUUCAGGAGAGAGUUCGAGCGGGAUACACGGCGUCCGAGGGGAACUCGGAUCACGGUGAUCAUUUUAGUUGAGUGAGCGGCUCAACGCCGAGUCGGUAUUUUAUUGCGUGUGGAUUUUUGGAAUUAGACAGGAUAUAGAAAGUACAUAAUACCCUCAUCAUAUUUGAUGCUUUGAAUACACUUUUUUUUAAUUCAACUAUCC